GAAUCAGUCUAGUCAGAUGAUCAACGCGGGUGGUUUGUUUGCUAGUUGAUUAACGUAUGAACGGAGCAGGAAACAUUGAUUGCAGAAAAUGGGAGGACGUCUACUUGAUGUAUAUUUCAAACCAAUGCCCGGCAGAUAGCAUUUCAAUCAAGGGAACUUUGUUCCUAACAGACCAUGGAUCAAAAGUAAGUAUUCACUGGGUACCCCAUCAUGAUCAAGAUUCGUCAUUAUCCCAAGAAGAUAGAAAAGGUUAUGAAAUCGAUAUUAAGGAUAUGGAUUUUCUUGUUAUACGAAAGGCCCCAUGCUUUCCUUGCCGUGGAGUGUAUUUAUCCCUAAAAUCACAAAAACCUUAUGGCCCAUUCGAGUUCCGUGAAGGUGGUUCAAGUUCAUUUUUGCGAAGUUUGAGUACUUUGGCUGAUGUUAAAAGAUGUCAUGAUGACGAGAAUCGGUACAUUGUCAGACCUCGUCCACAAUAUAAUUUUACUUCUAAUUACCAUCUUCCUGAUCCUUUUGUACAAAACAAACGUCAUUUCAGUUCAGCAAGAGCAGAAGUGGAAGGGCUGAUUGGGUCCCCUUUUUCUGGCCAAUUAGGUGCUUCAUUAAGAAAUAUUGGAAUACAUGUCAACUCAAUUGUUAGCACUAUAUUAUCACCUAAUUUAAUCGAUGAAAAUGUAGCUCCAAAUAACGGCUCAUCUGAAGAGUAUUUUGCAAAAUGUAUUGCAGAAGAUCUACAGAAAAUCGAAGCUGCACGUUUAAGAACUACCGAUGAUGGAGGAUUUGCUGUUGUUGAACGAAGACCAAACCCUAUUUCUCUCCCACCAAUGCCCACUGUUCAGCGUUCCCUUCCACUGAAUAUGACCCAAUGGAAAAAGUCACUGGAUCCAGAAGGUCGUGUAAAUCGACCUGAAAAUUUACGUGAAAUAAUAUUCAAUGGUGGUAUUGAAAAUGAUUUAAAACCGAUAGUAUGGAAGUAUUUGCUCGGUUAUUAUCAAUGGACUUAUACAGCAGAAGAAAAUGAAAGAUUAAAAGUUGAAAAAAGUCGUGAAUACCACAUCUUGAAGACAUUUUGGAAGUCAAUGUCCCCUGAUCGAGAAGCUAGGUUUGCAUUGUUUCGUGAUCGUAAAUGUUUUAUUGAUAAAGACGUUCCACGUACUGAUCGAAAAACUGAUUUCUACUCAGAUGAUAGUCAUGGAAAUUUGACACGUCUUUCAGAUAUACUUAUCACGUAUACUAUAUAUAAUAUGGAUUUCGGUUACUUUCAAGGAAUGAAUGAUUUACUCGCACUAAUACUUUAUGUUAUUAAAGAUGAAGAAGAUUCUUUUUGGUGUUUUGUUGGUUUAAUGAAUAGACUAGAAUCUAAUUUCAAUGGUGAACUCAAUGCAGUCAGAGAACAAUUUAAUCAAUUAUUUUCACUGAUUGAAAUAGUUGAUCCAACUUUCAGCGAAUAUCUUGAAUCGAAAAGUGCCAAAGAAAUGCCGUUUUGCUUCCGCUGGUUGUUAAUUCAUUUCAAACGAGAAUUCUCAUACAAAGAUACUAUGACUUUAUGGGAGUGUUUUAAAAUCUAUUUUAAUUGGUAUACAACCACCUACAAUCUGGUUAGCGUUUUUUGACAAGGUUGUUUUCUACGGGGUGGGGUUGCCGACCCCAUGCCCAACCCUCUUUUACCCGAGCUCGGGAUUGGCAGUAGCCCUGGAUGAGCUACAGGUAGAGUAUACCACCUACGAUCACUUAUUAGUUAUUUGUUAUUUCUCUAUAUCCUCACAUGAUUGUGACAUGCUAAAUGUCGUAGGAUUUUAAGAAAAUUUUGCGUUGGCUUGUCUUGACCAUGCUUUAUAUUAACACAGAGGAAAUCAACUUAAACAUCUAAAAAUGUAAACCCAUCAAUGGCUGUGGAGUACCGAAGAAAAAAAACAAAAUGAAACCAAUGAAAUACUAAAAUAUAGAAAACCUUGAAAAUAUUUUGGCAUAACGGAAAAAACAAGCAUUUGGAUGGUUGAGUUAUAUUGAGGUCUCGUGUGACCAAGUUUUAAUAACAACAGAGCAGUUUUAUGCUCUCUUCCUCUCUAGUUCGACUAUCGAUUAUUUAGCUUAUAUUGCCAGUACGAUCGGUGAACUGUUUACCAAUUUAGACAUCGACCAAUUAGGAACAACCAAGACCUUAAAGCUUACUACUCUUCGAGAUCUUUCUAACCUAGUGUCCAAUCAGAAGACGUAGGUAGGAAGCAGAUCAGUCCUCCAUUGUAAUUCAUUCUGUCAUGACUCAGAAUCUAUACAAUAUACCUGACGACACAGCAACACAAUUAAGUAAUUACACUGUUUGCUUAUAAAUCGGAGUAAUAAGUAAAUAAAUAAUUAAUAGUAAAUCUGGAACGAUAACGUAUAUGACAGCGAUUUAUGGGUUAAACAAAAUUUAAAAAAUAGGAGAAUAAAAAUUUUUUACUGUUCGAGCGUCUAUUAAUUGUACAAUAAAAGUGUAAAAAUUGUCCUUCGUACGAUAGUUCCAAGAGCUAUAUUUCCAUACUACCCUCCAUUAUACCAGUUUUAUUUUUACGUCUAGUAUACUAUCCUAGAUACUCAUAUUUUCAUUCUCUCAGUUGAUGUGCACAGAGUAGUUUAAUCAGGUUUUCAUUUUGAAAGCGAUUUCAAUAUCAGGUACUUGACAUAAAACUGUGAGCUUAUGUUUCGCGCUAGUUUAUACUUGUUACCAAGUAGUACCUGCAAUCCGGAACUUGUGUCCUGUGUGAAAUUCAAGUUUGGAUCAUCCAGUUUCAUAAUAUGAGACGUUGCUAUUGAACUAUUCGGGCUUCGACUGAUAUCCUGUAAAACUGAGAUAUUUACACUGGUUGGUCAAUGAUUUAUAGCAAUUGCCUUGUCAAUUCCCUCAAGAUUGCUAGCAAUUUACGUCGACUAGUUCUAGCUUAGAAUAAAACCUAGGUUUAUGGUUUCCUGACCAUUCAUGAAGACUAGUAGUCAGAACUCAACUUGAUUAAUAGAAUUCGAUCAGCGUUAUGAGUUAGAUAAGCAUAACAUUGGUCACUACUUUGUAACCAGUUAAUGUGAAAUUAAAUUGAAGUCUCACGUCUCCUUGAUAUGAUUAUAUUUACCAGUGAGUUUUGCUAAUGACAAGAGUCAAACCCGUUCAUGACUUUCCAUUCUGCAUUAAUAGUGUUAUCAUUUUUGGUUUAAUACUUUCUCUAGGCGUUUUGGACAGAUUAUCGGACUAAGAAUUUCCAUAUCUUUUUCGCUGCCGCCAUACUUUUGACUCAAAGAGAUAAUAUCAUGAAUAGAAAAUAUGAUGCAAACAGUAUAUUAAAGCAUGUGAAUGAACUAUCCAUGAAGAUUCCACUGGAAGACUCUAUAAUUCGUGCUACAGCCUUGUUAGGCCAGCUGGAACAAGUGUCUGAUUCUUUACCACAUUCUGUGCAGGAUAUUAUUCAUGGACAGUCUUUAGCAACGUCUAGACAUGUUAAUGUCUACAAAGAGGAAAACGCCAGUUGUACAGAGCAUUCAUCAUCUAUUUAUGAUUAUUCACCAACUUUGUUAAAUGAGCAACUAGAAGUAUUGAUGGAUAAUGAAAUGUUUGAUCCAAAUAAAGAUAUAACUAAUCAGUCUAUUUUAAUGAUCCCAUCUAAUAGCAGUAGACAAUUCUUCUAGUGACUAUAUAGAUGAUGCUUAAUGCAGACACCAGGUUUCAAACUCCUUAACAAGUGUGCUUUAUAAUUUCUUAAAUCGGACCUGUUAAAUAACUGGUGUGUGCAUAUUCAACGUAAACCAGGAGCAUUCAUCAUGGUUCUCCGUUUUGUUCAUGUAUACAUUUAUCUACUUAUCCUUAAGUUUAUUCGACUAUAUAUUUUUAUCCUUGUAAUUUUUCCUCUAUCAGCACUGUGAUUGUACUAUUAAUAAUGAUUUCUCUUCUAUUUAUUGAAAAGAAACCAAAAUAUUUCUCUGAAUAAAAGUAAUUUCCUGAAUCUU